CUUUAUCAUCCUUUAUCAUGGAGGACCUCUGUCAUCUGUGAUCUGUCUAGUAAAGACGAGUUAAAUAGUAGUGUGUAGAAUCAAAACGUUCAAAAUAUUUACUUCCUCGAUCCUUAUUUAAAAAUGGGAAGUGAAAUAUGAUUCUUUUCAUCAAAAUUAGUCGAGUUUUAUUAAUACGUUACUGAUUGCCCUAAUUCGAAAGAGAAAAGGUUAAAACGUGCUUUUGCCCUGACGAGAUAAAUUUAAAGAAAAUAACGAAUCAUCGAAAAAAAUGGGUAAGAAGAAACGUCAAGGAGAGCCAAAUAGUAAUUCCGACGAAUCUACAGAGUCAUGCGACGAAAAUCAGAAUAUGACUGAAUGUCCUCAUAUUAAUAAAGGAGUAGAAUUGCAGAGGGUGAAAAAAGCCCUUAGACAAAAUGGAUUUCAAACUAAAUGUGAAGAAUGCCUAAAGGAGCCUUCAAGUAAUAGUUUAGAAAGUAAUUCCAUAAUAUUUGACAGCAGUUUGUGGAUGUGCUUGAAAUGUGGAAAUCAAGGUUGUGGUCGCUAUCAAAAUCAACAUGCCCUCAAACAUCACAACAACCCACGAUGUGAUUGUCAUACCUUAUGUGUUAACACAACCACUUGGAGUGUAUGGUGUUAUACUUGUGAUUUAGAAAUUAAUGUAACAGCCAGAAAAAAAUUGCUAGAAGUUGUAGAAUAUCUCAAAAAGCAGUCAGAAACAACUAAAGUUACUACAAUCAGUCCUAUGUCAAAUAAUGAUAAUAAGGUGGUAGAAGUAAUGGAUACUAAAACAUCUCUUUCUUUUUCUAAUGGAGGGUCUGAUUUAUCCUUACUUCCUCGGACAAGAGGCCUGAUGAAUCUGGGAAAUACCUGCUUUUUUAAUUCAGUCAUGCAAUGCUUAGGUCAAACACCAUAUCUAUUGAAUCUUCUACAAGAAACUUCGCAACCUGGUCAAUAUUUUAAACUUCCGGGUGGUAAACUUAAAAUUGAUGACAAUACCAUUGAUCUAGGACCUCUUGAUGGGCACCUUGAAGAAUGGCGACCUCUUACAAGAGUACUAGCAGAAACAUUGGAGGAAUUGCAAAGUGGGCGACCAGAAGUUUAUAAUCCUCGAUUUUUAUUUUCGAAAUUGACCCAAAGGAUGCCCCAGUUUGCAGGUGGUCAUCAGCAUGAUGCUCAUGAACUUUUACGACAUCUUUUAGAGGCUGUUAGAGAAGAGGAUUUGAGACGGUAUCAGACUGUUAUUUUAGAAAAAAUGGAUGAUUUUCUGUUGGAGAACUUGCGUCUUAGUAAAAAAACUGACCCUUCAUCAGUCGAAGGGGAAAAGAAACAGAUUAUCCGUUUUUAUGGUCAACAGGCGUCAGAACUUCUUUUACCAACAGAACAAGUAUUUCGAGGAGUUCUCGUUAGCACUCUACAAUGUAAAGAGUGCGAUCAUAUGUCACACCGAAACGAAUUCUUUUUAGACUUGAGCCUUCCAAUAGCUGAAAAGCAACUACCUCCCGUUCUUCGAAGGAAAGCUGAAGAAAUAGAUGAUAACAAACAGUCUAAACAUCAAAUUAAAAAGGAGAGGAAGCUGGCGAGAAAGAAUAAGAAGCAGAAAGGGUCCAGGUCUUCAUUCUCCACUGUUUCUAAUCAUAACGUUACAAUGACUGAAGAGAAUAAGAGUGAUGAUAACAACAGUGAAAGCGAAUCUGACGCAGAUAUAGAAGAUAACGCUGACGAAAAUUCCUUCAAAAAGAUGGCAACUGAAACGCAAAGCAACGAAGACAUACCUAAAGGUACUGAAUCAGGUUACAAUUCCGACAAAAUUGAUAAUGGUAGCCCUGAUUCAAAUGUACGCAGCACAUCUCCAGAAAUGAGAGUGGACGACAGCGGAGUCCCUAGUCCCGCAGUAGGAAUGUUGAGUGUAUCACCUAUACCACCCACUAGCCCUGAAAAUAGUCCUGCAUCUAGCGAAACAAACAUAGACAUGGGAAGUCCUUUGAUGGGACACAAUAGUCCUAAUGACGAAAUAAACGAGGACUUUGAACGACCCCAGUCAAGACUAGCUUUCGUGAACAACAAAAAUACAGACCUGAAAGUCGAUUUAGCUAAGUUGUCCCUCUUAAAUGACGGCGACUCUAACAAAAUGGAUUCGAUAUUUAGCGGACCCUCAAGUGGUAGCAAAAUGCAAUUGGAUAUCAAUUUGGAGGGUGCAUGUGGCGGCUAUGAAGACGAUGAACAAGAAAAAAUGGAGGAAGAUUUUGAUGACGGCUGGACGGGCACAAUGUCAGCUAGAUACCAAUGUGAGGAGGGGGAGUGUUCAGUCCAGUCCUGUUUGAAUCAGUUCACCGCACGUGAGCUUAUGACGGGUAACAACAAAGUCAGUUGUGACCUGUGUACAAAACGUCACGGAAGUAAUGAGAAAAAACCGGUCUACACGAACGCCACUAAGCAACUUCUUAUCUACAACCCCCCAGCCGUCCUGAUUUUACAUCUAAAGAGAUUUCAG